AAACAAACAAGUAGACCAAAUACUUGCCUCAUGAUUGUCAGGUAGAAUGGAUCAGAAGAAGGAGAUUUGAGAAUCUUUUGCUCCAUGGCAGUGAGUAAAUAUAACUGUCACAGAUAAAAAUCUCACCUUACAGUUAGUUAAGGUGCUGCCUAGAAAUUUCUGUAGUUCUUCAUGCUUUUAGAAAUGGAGCAUAUUUCUUUUUUUGCCUCAGUAUUUUUCAAAGAAGUUAACUUCACAAAGCCAAAGCUACUUGAUUUCCACACAUAUUUAGAGUCAACCUACACACAAAUCUAUGUGAAUUUGUAGAGCUACUGAUGAUGUUUGUCUCUGUGUUCAAAAUCAUCUGUUCAUUUUUUGAUCCUCUUUCAGUGUGGGGAGUACACAAUACAAAAAUCAAUAGAAGCUGAGAUUGUGCCUUUCAUAUACCUCAGGUUUGCAAACACAGGAUGUGCUGUUCUUGACGGUCGCUAUUGUCUACAUUUAUCUUCUCGCAGCAUCAGAACACAUAGAGUGGAGCUUUAGAGAAAUGUGGAUAUGUGGUGACCUAGUUGACUGCUCACAUGGAAUCUGAACAUUUGACGUAGCUCAGCUGAUCUCUUGUUAAGUCUGAAUUUCACCCAGGUUUUGGGAACUAGUUUAGUCACAAGAUAGCUUUGCUAAGACCUAGCUAAAUAAUUGAUGUUUGAAAGAAAAAAAAAAAGUUAAGAAUGCUAAGUCUGUUAGAGGUUGUGCUUGUUUUGAUGUUCCUUAGUCUUGCCAAAAUUGUAUGAAAGCCACCAAUUCACAACAGCAUUUCCUUUUCACAGCAGCGGAACACAGAAGCUGGCAGUGAAAUUUGAAGUGACAAAAGAUUUCCCCAAAACAGCCUCUUCCUUUCAUACCCUAUUUGUUGCUACUUUUGCAUUCUGUAAUUGAGAUUUUUCCUAUUUAUUGAAAUUAUUUUGUUCGUCUUUUUUCCUCUUCAUUCUGUGCUUGGAAAAAAAUCAGCUGAGGAAUUGACACGCAUUAUUUUUCAUGUAUAAAGCUUUGCAAAAAGGUAUAUCAGCAGUACUAGGACAGUUGACCCUUGAUACAAAUCAAAUUGGCAGUUUGGUUAAUUCGUUGUUUUUUUAAAAAAUUUUAGCGUGCACACACAUGUAUCAGAAAACUGUAGAAUAACCUCCUGAUGGGUAUUUAUGUGGUGUGUGUAAUUUCCAUGUACCUGCUAAAUACCCUAACAUAUAUUUACAAUGAGCUUUUUUAAAGAAUUCUUAAAGAUACUGUCAGUUGCUUCAGGAAUGCAAAUAAAAUUGUUAAAACCGUUGCAGAUGUCCUAAAACUAUCUUAAGGUCUCCAUUCUUACUAUGAAUCAUAGAAUCACCAAAUUGAAAAAGAUCAUCGAGUUCAACCAUCCACCUACCACCAAUAUUUCCCUGCUAAACCAUCUCCCUUAGUGUAACAUGUACAUGCUUGAAUGUUUCCAAGGACGGUGAUUCAAACACCUCGCUGGGCAACCCAUUCUAGGGUGUGACCACUCUUUCAGAAAAGUUUUUCCUCAUAUCCUACCUGAACCUCCCCUGGUGCAACAUGAGGUUGUUCCCCCUAGUUCUGUCAGUAGUUAUGUGGGAGAAGAGUCCAACUCUCACUAUGCCACAACUUCCUUUGAGGUCUUUGUAGAGUGUGGUAAGUUCUCCCGUAAGCCUCCUCCAGACUAAACAAUCCACAUUCCCUCAGACUCUCACUCCUCAUAAGGCUUGUGCUCCAGACUCCUCACAGCUUCGUUGCCCUUCUCUGGGCAUGCUCGAGGGCUUCAGUGGCUUUCUUGUAGAGAGGGGCCCAAAACUGAACACAGUACUCAAAGUGCAGCCUCACCAGGCUGAGUACAGACAGAUGGUCACUUCCCUGCUCCUGCUGGCAGCAUUACUUCUGAAACAAGUCAGGAUGCCUUUGGCUCUCUUGGCCACCUGGGCACACUGCUGGCUCAUGUUCAUCUGAGCAUCAGCAAACACCCCCAGCUCCAUUUCUUCCACACAGUCUUCCAGCCUCUCUAUCCCAAGCCUGUGGCGUUGCGGCCUACAUGCAGGACCCAGUUCUUGUUGAACUUGAUCCCACUGGCCCCAGCCCAGCUAUCCAGCCUGCACAGAUCCCACUGAAGGGCCUUGCUAGCACUAGCUGGAUGAGUACUUCCUCCCAGCUUGGUGUCAUCUGCAAACAUACUGACGAUAUACUCAAUGCUAUCGUUUAGGUCAUCAAAAGAUAUUAAACAGGGCUGGUCCCAUUGCUGACCUCUGGGGAAUAACACUUGUGACCUCACCAGCUAGAUUUAACUCAGUUCUCUACCACUCUCUGGGCCCAGACAUCCAGCCAGUUUUUUGCCUAGCAUAUAGUACACCUGUUCAGGCCACGGGCUGCCAGCUUCUCCAGGAGAAUACUGUUGGAGACAGUGUCAGAGGUUUUGUUAAAGAGUACAUCAGCAGCCUUUACCACAUCCACCAGGCAAUCAUAAAAGGAGAUCAGGUUGGUCAAGCGGGAUCUGCCUUCCAUGAACCUGUGCUGGCCUGAUCCCCUGGUUGUCCCAAACGUACCUUAACCUGCAGGUCCUGUAGAAGUCAAUUAGGUGCUGGUCAUGUUACAGUUAGCCCAUCUGACAGAGUCAAAAUGGCCGUCAGAAAACUACAGAAGUCAAACCAAUCUGUGUUUCAGUUGCACUGUAUUUGAGGUAGUUAGUUUAGACUUAGUCUGGCCGUGUCCGUAUAAACUGCUGUAUAUAUCACAUAACUCUUUAUAUUCUGCAUCUUACUCAGUAAGGGCAUUUUCUCUGUAAAAUACUUCGCAGAAGGGAUGAGUGUUGGAGAAUAGAGGUGUCUGCUAGUUAUUAUGAAGUAGUUGAGAAUUUCAAGUAAUUGGCUGUGAUACACUGCACUGAGGUUCAAAUCAUGUGAAAGCACAUGAAAACACAUUCCUGCUUUCUUUGUUGGGUAACAGUGAAGAGAUUGCUUUUAGACAAGAAGCAGUUGGUAUGUUACAGGAAUAAAUAAUUAGAAAGCCUUCAGUAUAGGAGCACACUAACAAGUAAGUCUUCAGAUUUUUUGAACAGUAAUUUGCUAGAGUGUUGUGAGUGCCAGAAAACUCGAACUUUAAACCCAAUGAAGAAACUAGCAUUUGGAAAGCUUUUGUUUCUGGACAUUAUUCAUUACUAUCAUUUGAUGUCUCAUUAACCCUUCAUGUCCUGAAACCAUGCUUAAUUGUUGAAUAAAAACAUUUUCAUUCAACCACUUCUACUUCUUUUGGCAUUUAUGUUGUAUAUGGUGUAUCAGUUCUGGGAGGAAGAAGGGCUAUCAGUUGAGUCUCUGUUAUUGGCCAUCACUUCUACUAUAAUAGUCAAGAGCAAGCACAAUAAUUUGAAUUUUCUAAGUGUGAAUACUUCUUAGUGAAUAAGACCUCAAAUUCUUGCUUGAGGAUUAGAAAACAGUCUGAAAAGUAUCUUUAAAAGCAACUUCCUGUGUCACUGCUGUUUGGGAUCCUAACAUCAGAUUAUUGUAUAUUAUGCAAUGUUGGCAAACUAUAACUUAAGGACUUUAAAAGGUAGGUAGUGGUUAAAUGGUGAAAUUUCCUUUUUGGUAUGUCUGAUUUUUAAGAUCAAAAUCCAAAUGACUUCUUGAAUCACCAUCUUCCUUACUUUCCUAAUCAUUUGCACAUAAAGGAAGUUGAAGUUGUGCAUGCAUUAAUAUUGGAAAACAUUUACAUGUUUCAGUAUGAUGGAGAAGCAUUUUCCAUCCUGAGAUCUGUAGUUCAGAGGCUGAAAAAAGGCAAGGAAAAAUGUUUCAACUCUAAGGAUUAUGCAGAAGGUCUCAACUGCCUUGCUUAAUUGAUGGCUUAAUUGUCUUGUGCAUUCGUACAGAUCACUGCUGGUAUAGGCAAAUUUAGCAAGUAGAUUCCCCAAGCUUUUCAGUUUCCUCAAAAAAAGAACUGAUUUUUCCAAUAUCUUUUUACACCCAAAAGGGCAUAUUUUAUAAACAAGGUCAGUUGUUCUUGAAGCUUUAGUUCUGCUCAUGAGUAACCUAAUGUAAUAAUGAUUUAAUGAAAGAGGAUUUCUUCCUUAUUUCAGGUUGCUAGUAUUGGAAUCUACAGCUCCUUCUGGAGACAUGUCACGCCCACACCACAUUGCAUCAGUUGUUCCAAACCGGUAUCCCCGCUGGUUCACUCUAAGUCACAUUGAAUCUCAGCAGUGUGAGCUGGCAUCAACCAUGUUAACAGCAGCCAAAGGUGAUGUUCGGAGGCUGGAAACAGUGUUAGAAUCCAUACAGAAAAACAUCCACUCUUCAUCACACAUCUUCAAACUUGCGCAGGAUGCAUUUAAAAUAGCUACACUCAUGGACAGCUUGCCUGACAUCACUCUUCUAAAAGUUUCUCUGGAGUUGGGCCUUCAGGUGAUGCGGAUGACGCUGUCAACGCUGAACUGGCGACGGCGGGAAAUGGUGAGGUGGCUGGUAACAUGUGCAACAGAAGUAGGUGUUUAUGCACUGGAUAGCAUCAUGCAAAACUGGUUUACACUAUUCACUCCAACCGAAGCCACUAGUAUUGUUGCUACAACGGUGAUGUCCAACAGCACUAUCGUCCGUCUGCACCUGGACUGCCAUCAGCAGGAGAAGCUGGCCAGCAGUGCUAGGACGCUUGCUCUUCAGUGUGCCAUGAAGGAUCCUCAAAACUGUGCCCUCUCUGCACUGACCUUAUGUGAAAAGGAUCACAUAGCUUUUGAGACCGCUUACCAAAUCGUUCUAGAUGCUGCUACAACAGGCAUGAGCUACUCGCAGCUUUUUACUAUAGCACGAUACAUGGAGCACCGCGGCUACCCUAUGCGGGCCUACAAGCUGGCCACUUUGGCCAUGACACAUCUCAACCUGAGUUACAAUCAGGACACACACCCUGCCAUUAAUGACGUUCUGUGGGCAUGUGCGCUCAGCCACUCCCUUGGGAAAAAUGAGCUAGCAGCUAUAAUACCUCUGGUUGUCAAAAGUGUC